AUGCGAUUAUCACAUCCACUACACAAUAAUUUAUUACCACCAGGUAUAUGUUAUACUUGUGAUGUGUGUGGAAAAACAUUAUCAACAAAGCUAACAUUAAAACGUCAUAAAGAACAGCAGCACUUUCAGCCACUCAACAGUGCAUUAUGCGUCAUGUGUAAUAAAGUGUUUAGAACGCUGAACAGCUUAAAUAAUCACAAGAAAAAAAAAGAAAAAGGAAAUAAGGGAAUAAUGUCCAGUGCUUCCAAAAAAAGUACAGAGCUUUUGAAUGAGAACGUUCCGGGAAAUUCGAAGCACUAG